UUUGUUUUCCGGCGCUGCAGGAAGCAGAUCGACGUGGCGAUCAAGGUUCUGAAGAGUGAGAAUGAGAAGGGAGCGAAGGAAGAGAUGAUGAAGGAGGCGGAGAUCAUGCACAAGCUGGACAACCCCUACAUCGUGCGCAUGAUCGGGGUAUGCGAGGCGGAGAACCUCAUGCUGGUCAUGGAGAUGGCAUCAGGAGGCCCGCUCAACAAGUUCCUCUCCACCAAGAAGGAUCAGAUCUCUGUGGAGAACGUGGUGGAGCUGAUGCACCAGGUAUCCAUGGGAAUGCUCUACCUAGAGCAGAAGAACUUUGUGCAUCGGGACCUGGCUGCCAGGAACGUGCUUCUGGUCAACCAGCAUUACGCCAAGAUCAGCGACUUCGGCCUGUCAAAGGCCCUGGGAGCCAAUGACAAUUACUACAAGGCUCGUUCCGCUGGAAAGUGGCCUCUGAAGUGGUACGCUCCGGAAUGCAUCAACUUCCACAAGUUCUCGAGCAAGAGUGACGUGUGGAGCUUUGGGGUCACCAUGUGGGAGGCCUUUACCUACGGGCAGAAACCCUACAGGAAAAUGAAAGGGCCGGAGGUGAUGCAGUUCAUCCAGGCUGGCAAUCGAAUGGAGCGCCCGCCCGUGUGCCCCGAGGAAAUGUUUACCAUCAUGUCAGACUGCUGGAUCUUCAAAUUUGAGGAUCGCCCUGGAUUUGUGGAUGUGGAAGCACGCAUGCGAAGCUAUCAUUACUCCAUAUCCCACAAAACUACAACGGAGGCAGAAAGCAGUGAGGCUGCACCAACUUAGACCAGCGUUUCUCACUCCGGGUGCACUGGUUUCACUUUGAAGAAUGAAUGCAAGACAGAAAAACCGAGAACUGCAAACGCGCUACAUUUAUUUAAUUGAAAAUAUGGGAUUCUAUAGGCUUCUGUCAGCACAAGUAAUGUUAGCAAGCACUUUCUUUUGAAAAUGAAACAGCGGCAUAUCAUCAGACGGGUGUUAUAGUGUUGCAAGCUUGUCUCAUUUAUCUCAUUUAACUCUGUAUCUUGCAAAACAGUUUGUUUCCCAGCUGUCCAGUGCAAGUAUGAACUCUUUGAAAAGAUUGCAUUGACUUGUUGAUGGUCAGAAUGGCCUUGUUUGAUUCUUAACUGUUUGUGUAUUUUGACUUUUUAAUUCUUGUCUAUCAAUAAAGGCCAUAUGCUGAUUGUUGAAAUGUAUGUAAUCUUCCCAUUCCAGUCAACCCAAUAGCAUGUCUCCACAUUCCCUGCACCCAGUCCUGGUUUUCAGACCUACCUCGUUCAGACUAUUAAUCUGACCCACCAUGCUGUUUAAUCUGCCCUUUGCCAAUUAGACUUUUUACAGCCAACCAAAAUCAUCUGAGUCUACAGGUCUUUAAAUGAUUACCAGCAGAUAAAGAUAAGGGUUGCAGGCUGUGUUGUGUGAUACAGACUCUGUCCCUUGUCAGUGAGAUGAGGUUAAAAGCUUUAAAACCACCAAUGCCAACGAGACCGGCUCUUUUGCAUAGUGGUUAAGACUCUCGCUUGCAAUGUGUGGGUUGCCGGUUCGCGCCCAGCUUCUGCCCUGUUGCACAAGACAACAACUGGGGUAAAACCAAUUCUGUGCAGACUUAAUGGUCUGAUUACUUACAGUGCUAACCAGGUGUUUCUAAAAAGCAGGAUUUUGGUAAAGGCUAAGUAAACUCAAACUCUGAUUUAUAAUUGUGUUACCUGCAGCAUUCCUUAGUACAGCCUACACCCCAACACCAAAUCCUAACUUUAUCAUAACCUGCCAGCCACAAAACCUAAUGAAAUCUACCGUUCUAUAGCACAAUGACGUAACACUAUGCUGAGGUAUAGGUAGAGCGAUGGCAAUAAGGUAAGGGAAAAGGGAUGCUACUGGGUCAACACUAUUGCUUCAUCCUGCACACUGCACACCCUAAUUUUACUUAGAGAUCCCACAUCCAAGUGCAUAGCAGAUCCAGCUUUGCUAAGCUUCAGUUGUGAUCAGUAUCCAAGGUAGUAAAUGCACUUUUGUGCGGGACACAGACCCAUGGUUGGAAACUCACACUAGUCAUCCUGCACUGUUUCUGAGUUUCAGAACUCCACUUGCUUGGGUACAUAAUUGAAAUGACCGUGCUAAGAAGUUCAGAGAGAAUCAGACUCCCGCUAACGCUAUUCACACAACCUGAAUAAUACUACAGGCAUUGAAACCAUGGGCGUGCAUUAAUUACAGUCUGCUCUCUAGUCACGCCUGUCACGAUAUGAGUAAGUCAACAGCAGGUGAAAGGCAUUUAUGAACUUGAAAGCAGUUUUCGUUUUCGUAAACAGCGGAGGAGGCAUGAAUAUUUCUUGGGAAAGGCAGUUCUAUAAUCUCUCCUGAACUCUGGGGCCUUCCUGGAUUUUCCCGUAACAUUAACCUUAAAGCAGCCUGUUCCUCAUUCUGUUUGAAAUGCCAAGGAUAUGAAAAUGACACUGAAGCCGAAUAUCUAUUGUGAGGUUCUUGGUGAGGGUUUUUUCUGUGGGUGGGAGAGAAUGUAGACUCCCUUGCGGUAAAUCUUUAAACAAAGAAAUGGGAGUUUUACAAGGUAACCCCCUUUGUGUUAAAGACCCCAUGAGUUCUGCUUCCUUUGCUCUCUUGAAGGUGUCAUUGUAUAACUUCCUACUGCUGCAGGACUGUCUCUGAUUGCCUCCAAAGGGGAAGGAAAAGAGUUAGUAACACAGGGCAGGUUGAGAAACCCUAGCUGGCCUAAAGGACCACAUGUGAGUCCCUUAAACAUCCUUGAGGGUCACAUCCCCCUCCCCCUCCCUUACAGCAUGGUUAUACAACAUGAACUGUGGCAGGAUGUUUAAUCGUCUAAACGCUGUUUAGUUGCUGUGACAGCAUUUUCUUAAAACAAAACCAAAAACAUUUGCUUUGCUGCAUUACCUAAUGAAGGCUGCCUGUAGGGCGGGCUUCUCUCUAGGGGCAGUUGGUUGAUUGACACAGGUGGUCACUCCUAUCUCAUUUGUUUUAAUGCUGUUAUAUGGCCAGUGCUUUGGAAUGCUUGCUGGAUAUAAAAGUUUUUAAGCAGCAUGAUCAAUCAUUUUAGUCUUACUCUUGAUAAAUAUUUUUUGAAAAGUUGGCAUAAAUAUACGGGAAAGAUGGGCGAUUGUAACUUCCAACGGUAUUCGACUUCGAAAAUGUUUUACCCAGGCAUUAAAUUAACUUAGUUUUGUAUUACGUUGUAACUUUAUACUUGAACUCUGUAUGCACUGUAUUAC